AGCGCGUCCCUUUCUUCUCCCACCAAGACAGCGACGAGAGACAUCUACAAAGAGCACACAAGACACGCGCCGUGACGCGGCCAGACACUGCAGAUAUGCAGAGCCAGCAGCAACCGCCCGCGCCCGCUGCAGGCGCAGGCACCGGCACGCCCCGAUCAGCGCGACAAACAAACACCGACGCGAACUUCCUUUCACACCCGCUGAAGCGUCUCUCGCUUCAUACGCCUACAAGACCGCACUCGCCGAGCCUCAAUUCGCCUAGACGCCCCGCAGAGCCCGGCCAAACUCCCUCGUCACCCAACCUGCCUCCACUGUCCAUCCGCCGCAGCUCCAGUGUGGUCAGUCUGAAUCGCUCGCAGUCGCCAGCCCUGGCGAGAAAAUCGUCAAGCUCUUCUCUUCGAGGCGACGCGCCUGGCUCUCCUCGAGGUGCUCCUUCCCGACGAUCUUCCUUCAAUCCGAACAUGCCCUCGCCUAUCGGGGCGAGGAGCCCGUUGCAGCCGCCUCCAGAAGAGAAGCUGCCAUUGCGCGCGUGCGAUGUAGCUGAGGAACACUUCAAGAAAGAGCUGUUGCGGCAUGAAGGCGUAGCCGGGGCUGUCAAUGCAGGCACUGUUGUCAUUGUCCACGAUCAAUGCUACGGCCACCGCUAUUCCCGACCAAAGACGCCGAAGAGCACCCUGAGUCUUAUCAUGGAGCGACCAGAGAGGAUAUUAGCCAGUGUACUGGGUAUAUCAGCGGCCUAUGUGCGACUAGGAGAGCGCCAUGCCGAUGGAAAUCAUCCCCCACACCCAGAUCACAACCCACCAGAGCGCAUACCUUUUAAGAUCCGCAAGACUUCGCGACUGGUCGACAUUACCUCGCCAGUCGUGACAAAUGUACAUGGAACAGCGUGGAUGAAUGAGCUCAAGUCGUUGUGUGACAAUGCGGAGCGCAAGCUAGCGUCAACAGGGAAAGAGCUGGCUAGGGAUGCACCAGGACAGGCAUCGAAAAAAGAACUUCAUGCAGGUGACCUGUAUCUAUGUUCCGAGUCUAUGAACGCCUUUCAGGGUGCUCUUGGGGGUGUUUUGGAUGCUGUAGAUGCCGUGUUCCAAGGUACCAGCAUGGGAAACGGUCCCUCUCGAGCCUUUGUUUGCGUUCGCCCACCCGGCCAUCACUGCUCCGCCGAUUUCCCAUCCGGAUUUUGCUGGCUGAAUAACGUUCAUGUCGGCAUCGAGCACGCUAUGAUGAACUAUGGACUAACCCACGCGGCCAUCAUCGACUUCGAUUUGCAUCACGGAGACGGCUCGCAGGCUAUUACAUGGGCACGCAACAAGAAAGUCCAGAACAUGUCGAAGAACACGCCUAACUGGAAGAAGACAUCAAUUGGGUACUUUAGUUUGCACGAUAUCAACUCUUAUCCGUGCGAGGAUGGCGACGACGACAAGGUUCAGGCGGCCAGUCUUUGCAUCGACAACGCACAUGGACAGUCCAUUUGGAAUGUACACUUGCAGUCCUGGAAGACCCCAGAGCAGUUUUGGGCACUCUAUGAAUACAAGUACACGGUGCUCCUCGAGAAGACGCGUCAGUACCUUAGGUUCCACACAAACAGGCUUCGGACCACACCCAAUCACCCAAGCCCGAAAGCGGCCAUCUUCUUGUCUGCCGGCUUCGAUGCCAGCGAAUGGGAGACUGCAGGUAUGCAGCGCCAUUCUGUCAACGUGCCCACCGAAUUUUACGCUCGAUUCACUCGGGACGUUGUUCGUCUGGCGGGAGAAGAAGGCACCUCUGUGGAUGGUCGCGUCAUUUCUGUUCUGGAAGGUGGCUACAGUAAUCGGGCCCUAUCUAGUGGAGUUUUUAGCCAUCUGAGUGGUCUUUGUGAUGGGCAGGUGUGGACGGAUCCAAAGCCAUCCAAGGGUCUGGCGUUCGACAUGCGUCAGCGACUCGGUAGGUUGAGUAUGCACGACGAAGACACGCCCAUGCAGUCAGUCGAAGAGGAACCCACACUCACUACCUACGACCCUCUAUGGUGGCAUGCAACGCAGCUCUCUGAACUGGAGAAUCUCGUGGCUCCUCCGCUAGCGGUUGCGCCGAAGAAGCCGCGUACUGGUCCCGUCUCGCACUUUUCUUCUCCGACGCAAUCUUUCGCGGCCAAGGUAGUCGAUCCCUCCAAGCUCAGCCGCAGCCUCUCUGGAAAAUAUCCUUCCAGUCCUUCUCGAGCGCCAACGCCUCCUCCACCUGACGUCGAUUGGGCUACUGCCGCCCAUGCUCUGAGUAAGCUAUUAAUUCCGUCGGAUCGACAGACUCAUAGCCACAAACCGGAAGACCUAGCUGAACCCAAGGUCAAGAAGGAGAAACCAGCUGUUCCAGCCGUGUCAUCCACACACGUCGAAUCGUCAGGUCGACAGCUGCGUGGUCGCAAGGCCGCCCCGUCGUAUGCCGAGCCGGGCUCCGACGAUGAGAAGGCGUCUCUACGUGCGGACUCGACGGCCAGCAGGCGAAAAACGAUCGCCGACUUUCCUUUAGCCUCGGUAGAAGCUCCAGUACAGGCCCGUUCUGUCUCGCGCCGGAUGAGCAUCGCAUCCAGCGUGUCAUCGAUUGGUGACAGGAGUGUUAGCCGUGCACCAAGCGUCGCGGCGAGCAGACGGAGUGUAGCGCCCACGACAGCUCCUACUACUGGCAUCCCGGCAAAGAAAGCCAGAGGGACUACAGCGACUACAAGCUCUCGCGCAACUCAACGCCCGCCGGUACCACGGAUACCUUCGAAUUAUGCGAGCAAGACGGCUGUAGCAAAGGGCAAGGAGAACGACGGCGUCGAUGCACUUACUUCCGGUUUGAAGCGUAUUACGUUGAAGAUGCCUUCGAGGGAGGAAUAUGAAGCUCGCGAGAGAGAGAAAGAGGAGAAACAAAAGGCUGCAGAGGCCACAAAGAAGGCUACAGCGAAGACGACUACGAAGAAGGCGCCCGCAGUCCGUACAACGACGACCAAAGCAGCUGCCAAACCUGCCACAGCUAAGAGAGGACCCGGUCGUCCACCGAAGACAUCCAAACCUGCAUCACCAGUCGAAACGAAAGCGCCUACUCCUGUGCCUGAGGUGCCCCAGUUACAGAGUGCAGCGACGGCACCUCUGGAGCAGCCUCAGCCCGUACAGCCUGAGUCGACUUCACACUUGGUACAAGCUGCUCUACCGCAGCUUGCUCAGAAGGUUCAAGCGGUUGCAGAGGCUCCCACAGUGGACCGUCGCACUUCUGGCGGGAUCAUGGAGCCGCCGACCGAACUUGAAGAGAUGACGAUGACGCCCGAGCAGCUUCGUGAGCAGCUGCCCAUGCCAUCGUUCGUUACUGUGACUGAGCCAUUGCCCGUCAUUUCCCCGCCUCCUCGCCCCGACACGCCUCCGCCGCCGCCGCCAUCGAGCAUGCCAGAGUUUGUCAACUACACAAGGCAGUCCUUUGGCGAAUCUCACGGGGCGCCUGUUCAGACGGGUACGCCAGAGUCGCAAGCUUGGGCCGCUCCGAAUUGGCGGGUCCCUCCCAAGACCGACACUACUCCUUCGUCGUCGACGACGGGAUCUCGACCCAUGUCGCCUGCGAGCAAGAAGGCAGACUUGCCAGUGUUUUCGGCGAAUGGUGUGAUUCCAUUUGCAUCGAGUGUGAAUGCUGCUGCUGCUAUGAACCCUAGUGCUAUGGCGGGGUUCGUGCCUGGACAACAAGGUGCUGCAGCGGGUGUCAAGAAGGAAGAGAGCUCCAAGGACAUGUGGGAGGUUCCUGACACGCCAGCUCGAUGAGGGCCUCUGCGACGUGUCUUGGUAGUACCUUUCCUUGGAGCCCAGAGCGUAGACUGAUGGGAGUUUUGGUUUCAUACUGAAACACAAGGAUGGCGUCUUUUUCAUGAUUAUUGCCGUCUUUGGGCAAAGGGGGCUAGACUCGACGAUACCCUGUCCCGGUUUUAUUGGAGGGCUUCCUUUUCUGGCGUUGGAUUGACUUUGGGCCCAUUGUAAGCACACAGCUUGUUAGGCUGGUGUAGAGAUACCCGGGGUGUUGAGCUUUGAUACCAUAUUGAUAUUAAUGCUUGGAUACAUUUGUUCUCACGCUGCCUUUUUUUUAUACAUGACGACGAUAGCUAUUCAUCCUUUCCAAUUCCAAGUCUUCUUUUUCGCC